ACACUUUUGAAACUGUUUUGACACUCUAUGGUGUAUUUCCCAUUAAAUUAAUAUUUCCAAAAAAUUAAAUGGAUUGUAUACUUUCGAAUGAUGAGUUGUAUAUAUAACAAAAAUUUAGUGUUGCCAGUUAUAAAUCAACAUGAAUCACUGGAGGAGAAAAAUUUGAACAUAAUUAUAAUUAGUGGACAAGAUUCAUUGAAAAUAAAAAUUAGGGAUCCCUCGGAAUACACAUUCAAUUACAGUGAAAAUAUUGAUCUCGGGAAUUACGAAUUAAUGAGACUUAAACAAAAUUUGGAUAUAAAUUUUAAUGAAUUCAAAACUAAUUUAUUGGAAAUGUUAACGCAACUGCAAAAAAGGGAAAUGUUUUUACGAUGCGAAACCUCGGACCAACUUUGUACCAUGGUAUUUUUCAAUAAAUCAAAAAUUAAGUCAAUUAUCUACCUCACUGUAGAAUUACAUGCAGCAAAUCAGAAGGAAGUUUUAGAUGAAAUGAUCAAUAAUUUACAAUGUGUUAAGGAUUCAAAUGAAAAACUUCAAUUACAAAUGUCCUGCAUGAAAAAAUCAAUAGUCGAUAAGGAUAAGGAAAUAAAGCAUCUUAAUACUAUCAAAUAUAAUAUGGAAAAAAAUUUUCAUGGUAUUAUAAAUGAAGUUGAAGAACUGAUUAGCACUAAAGCAAGAGAGGUUGAAUGUCUUCUCCUAAGGCGAAUCAAAUUUGUAGCUGAUAGAAUCAUUAAAAUACUUAAUAAUGUAAAUAGUUUACAACAUGAUACACAUUUAAGGAUCAAUUCUACUACAAGUCUAUUAAAAAAUAUGGAACGAUUAAAAAUAGAGAAUAGAGAGAACUUAACAUCAAUAGAACAUUUAAGGGAAGAAAAUAAUAUUUUACAAGCGGCAAAACUAAACUUGGAAAAAAAUUUGACUAGUAUGAGGAAUGUCUUGACUGAAAGAGAAAUUAUGAAUAGAGAACUUCAAAAUAAAAAUGAAGAGUUACAGUCAGAUAUGGAAAAAGCAACUAUUGUACUUGCUCAAAAAAAGAGCACUGUUGAUGAGUUAACCAAAGACUUAGUUCAAGCAAAUCAAAUGUUGGUUAAUUUCAAUCACCAUUAUGAUAUUAAAGUGAAAGAACUGGAAAAUAUGCAAGCACAUCUUAUUAAUAAAAACCGACAGAUAGAGGAAGAAAGAGCUAAACAUUUUGAACUUCAAGGGCAAUUUGAAAACUAUAAAAUAAAGUAUAAUGAAGAAAUUCAAGAAAAUAUGAAAAGAGAUUUAUGCAUGGCACAUAAUAAAAUUGAAGAAUUAGAGCAGGCACUAAGAAAAGCCAACAAAAUUAAUGCCCUAUUAUCCGAGAAAGUGAACAAAAUAACAAGAUAGAUGUAAUUAUCCAAACAAUUUCAUAAGUAUAAAUAACUUAUAUAUAUUCCAGUUUACUAUUAUUGUAAGAUGUUAAGUUUUCAAUUAUUAUAUUUUUAAUAUUAUUUUAUGGAAUAAAAUACUUAUUUUUGUAU